AUGGCGUGGAAUCCCACGGUCGUGUCAUUCAUCUGCAUCCCGCUCCUGGCUUUGCUAGUGGCACGCGCCUACGGGCUGCUAGUCAACUACCUACAAGUGAGAAAACUGGGGAUUCCCAUCGUCGUCAUCCCUUUUUCAUGGCAGGACGACUUCUUGAUUCUGGCCUAUCCGUACCUGAGGCACCUCCGCCAUUUGCCCUGGAUCGGGCAUUUUUUCGUGCUCAGCUACCAUUCCUGGGCCCAGGACGAGCGGUAUCACCCGCACCAAAAGUAUGGCGACGUCUUUGUAGUUGUUUCCCCAAAGCAGAACGAGAUCGUGGUCAACGACCCCGGCGUGGCCGUGGACCUGCAGACCCAGUACAAAGCGUGGGUCAAACCGCAACCGCUGUACGAGCUCUUCAAUGCAUUCGGCCCAAAUGUCAUCAGCGUCAACGGCGAAGACUGGCAGCGCCACCGCAGAAUCGUCAACCCAGCUUUCCGUGAGCAGAACAACAGGCUCGUGUGGGACGAGUCGCUGAGCCAGGCGAGGCAGAUGAUCGAGGUGGUUGCCAAUCGAGCAGAUGGCCGCCGAUCAAUGCUUGACGUCCGGAACGACUGCGUCCUGAUCGCGAUGCACGUCCUCUCCGCUGCCGGUUUCGGACAUAUUCACGACUUUGACGGAGGCUUUCGUGAGAUCCCAAAGGGCCACAAAACCAGUCUGGCCGAAUCGUUGAAGUUUCUCCUCCAGAACAUUCUCUUCGCCGUGCUGUUCAAAAAUGCACGUGUCUUCCGCUGGAUGAUGCCUGCUUUAUAUCGACAGGUCACCGCCAUGACGGACGAGUUCAUUCGAUACAUGAAGGAGAUCGUCGCCUACAACCGGGCCAUCACGCAGGGAGGUGGCAGCAGCAGCGGGGCCGAUAUCGUCAGCGCCCUGGUGGAGGCCGACGAGGCGGCGAAAAGAGAACAGAAGAAGGCCGGCCACGGCGCUGGGGCGAAGCCAAUGUACCUCAGUGACACGGAAUUACUAGGUAACCUGUACAUCUUCAAUCUGGCCGGCUUUGAGACCACUGCGAACGCACUGACCUACACAAUCCCGUUCUUGGCCACCAACCGCGAGAUCCAGGACUGGGCGGGCGAAGAAGUGGACGCAGUGUUGAAAAAGUGGGAGGGUCGAAAGCUCGACUACGAAGAGGUGUUUCCGCAACUCGUGAGGUGUUUGGCACUGAUGUAUGAGACCCUUCGUCUCUGGGGGCCAGUGCCCGCGACGAACCGCUGGUGUGUCGGCCAACCACACUCUCUGCGAGUCAAGGGCCAAGAAAUCGUGGUGCCAGUCGAGACGUAUGUGACGAUAAAUCUAUAUGCUGUCCACUCCGACCCGCGGUGGUGGGGAGGCGACUCACUCAAAUGGAACCCGCGGCGCUGGAUAGUAACCGACCCGGCGACAGGGGUCGAGUCCCUCGCUCAUCCUCCACCGGGCGCCGCGUUUGUGCCCUGGAGUGUCGGGCCCAGGGUCUGUCCUGGGAAGAAGUUCAGCCAGGUCGAAUUCGUAGCCGUCAUUUCGACACUGCUCAGCAAAUGCCGCCUGAAACCGCUAAUCAUGGAGGGGAAAAUGACGACGGAAGAGCAGGCCAGCUCGGCGCUGUUGCAGGUGCUGGAGGACUCGAUGAAUAUCAUUACACCCAAAAUGCGUCGACCUGAAGAUGCGGGCGUGGUGUUUGUUCCACGAUAG